UUAUUUUCGUUACUAAAGUCUAAAAUCCAUUUAUCAAAUUAGUGAUUUAGUGAUUAGUGAUUUGAUUAAAAUAAUGUUUAUUUAAUUUUUUAUUUCAAUUAUGCUGAAACAAUACUUUGUUCAUGAUCUAUAAAUUCAAUCAAGUUUAUGUUGAGUUUCUUUCAGUUUUGACCUGAUUUGUUUUUCAAUAAUUAAUUAAAAAUUUAUAAUAUAAAAUAUAAGGACGAGGUGAAUCAUCAGAAAGACUCAUUGCUAAUUCUCAUUUGUUGCGUAUACUUCUUCUCUAUAGCUCAUUAUUGCAAAGAAAAAUCACAAAAUGGCUUUCAACAACAAGAAUGGUCUCAGAGAUUACGGCUCAAACCAAUCCCCAACAAUCAUUGGUGGCCCAAACAUGUCUGAUUUUAAUCGACUCAGACAUACGAUUAGUGAAAACUGUCAGAAGAUUAGGCGAAAUAAUAUACAGAUGCAGAAGAUGGUCAGUCAGAUUGGUGGACCAACGGACAACCUCGAACUUAGAGAUAAAUUGCAUAAGGUACAGCAUCAGACGAAUGAAUUGGCUAAAGAGACCAAUAGAAAUCUGCAGACACUGUCUAGUCUAGUUGUUCUUCCGUCUGAUAGCAGACAGAUCAAGGACCAGCUGACUUCGGAGUUUACCACAGCCCUCAAGGACUUCCAAUCCCUGCAGAGGUCACAGAUGUCGGAGGAGAAGAGGAUGCUGAUGAAGAGGAAACAGCAACAGCAGCAGCAGUUGCAGCAUCAACUUCGAGGCAAGCAUGUUAAUCUCAUGGAUACAAGAGAAUCAGGCCAUGGUAAUAAUGAUGAUGAGUUGAGGAAUGGCGAUGAUGAUAAUGAAACGUUCGGCCAGCAGCAACAGCAGACUGGAAUAUCAAAAGAGGACAUAGAAUUCUUGCAGUAUUCAGAAGGACAAAUAAAACAACUUGAAACAGAUAUAUCAGACAUAAACCAGGUUUUUAAAGAUCUAAGUCUCCUGGUACAUCAGCAAGGAGAGAUAAUCGAUAGUAUUGAAGCUCACACAGAAUCAGCCAGUUACAAUGUGGCUAGUGGGACGAAUGAGCUUAUGAUGGCCAAAUCGUACAGGGAUAAGAUCAGAAAACGGAAGUUUUGUAUUAUCGCAAUCGUUACUACGGUAAUCGCCAUCUUGUCGCUUGUGGUCAUCAUCGCAGCUUCAAAAUCUUAGACGACGAUGAUGAUGAUGAUGGUGGUGAUGAUGAUGCUGAUGACGGUGUUGAUAGUGAUUGUCUUGCUGUUGAUGAAGAUGAGGAGUAGGAUGAUGAUGAUGAUGAUGACGAUGACGAUGACUAGUUUAUUUUUACUCAAGUUUUUUCUGUUUCGUUUAUAAUUUCAAUUAUGUUUUUCAGCCUAACUUUAGUUCUUUUCAAGACCAUUCCUUCUUCAUUACAAAUUGUGUGUUUGUGUGCGUACGUGUGUUUGUAUGGGUAUGUAUUUCAUUUUCGUAUGUGUGCGUAUAUAUAGAAAAUGUAUUGUUGUAAUCAAAAUUCUUGACGUUUUUAUAACAUAUUUCAUUUUAGUUAACUUGAGUUUUUAGAUUUUUUUCAGGUUUUAGCGAUUUUUAUAUUGUUUUGUUCAUUUGUUUGUUCGAUCAUUCAUUUGUUCGUUCAUUUAUUCAUUCAUUCAUUUAUACAUUCAUUCAUUCAUACAUUGUCUCACACGUACAUUUAACUUAACCCUAUGUUGAUUCACCUUUAUAUAUGUACAAUGUAUAUAUAUAUAUAUAAUAAUAAUAAUUUAUACUCAUUAUAAUUAUCAUAAUAAAUGUAAUUAUAGUCAUAAUUUAAAAGAUCUGUGCUGAAAAAAUUGGCUUUUGUAUUCUUGGUAGUAUUCAGUGAAUUUAUACCCUGCUUUAUAUAAGUUACAAAUACGUCUGACUGUAUAUUUAAUAGGUGGGUAUGUGUUAACCUUUACUUAGAUUUUCAUAAAAUUCUGCGCAGACUUAAUGAUGAAGUCUAACAAUUUUUAUUUUAGUUAACACGAAAAGAGUAAAUAUUUAUAAUAAAU